AUUUUUUUUGUAGCCACUAUUUCAUUGUCAAUUUUUAAACGAGUUGGUAUGGGUCAAAUACAAUAAUAAUUAUCAUUCUGAGUCAUUCAAAAAAUUGAUCGUCUUUAACAUCACAUAGCUAUACAAUUUAUUACAAAUUUAUAAGUAAAAGUUUCAAGUUGAAGGUCAAUAUUGUCGCAUUUAGGUGUCCACGUAGGAGGACAUUACAAUAGUGCUAUUAAAUUUUUUUAUAAUACUCAGUUUGAGCCCGGCUGGUCCGUGGAAUUCGUCUUAAAACUCAUAAAACCAAGAUUUAAAUUACUACUGGGAAUAAUUAAAAAUUAUUAUUCCUUUUUUUUUUUUUUUUAACAAAAAUAACACAGUGAAUAAUUAAAUUUGUAAAUUGAAAGUUUUAUUUUUAUUUUUUUUUGAUAAAAUAUAAUCAUGGGUAUUUUAUUUUUGGCAAAACUUGCUGUUGAAAGUUUUAGCUCAAAAUGGAAAAAUUCUAAAAAAGCUAUGUUUAAAAGACGAAAAUAUCAACAAGGCUUUUAUUAAAUUUAUUUUUUUUUUUAUAUAUAAAAUUAAUUGUCCAGGCAAUUAAUUUUUGAUCAUUUAUUUUUUAUUUUUAACUGGUGUUAUUGUCUCAUGAGGUAAAAAUAAUUAUAUAAAAUGAAAAAUUUAUUAAAAUUAAUUGACUAAAUAAUAAUUAUUCUAUUUUCAACAGAUCGGUUGGAGGGAUUCACUCAUCUCCAAGAAAAUCAAUAGAAUUUGAUUUAGAAAAUCACAAUGAAUAUCAGCAUUCACAAAGUAAUUUAAAAUCGAAACAAAAUCAAACAAGCUUUGAUCAUGAAGUGUCGCGGCAAUCCACCAACAGUGCACAGUUAAAGCCUCACACUACCAGUACACCAAUAAAAACUAGCAAUAAAAAAUCAACAAUGUCUGUUAAUGAUUCAUCAGUGAUACUGUCAUCAAGUAAUCCAUCAAAUUCGAGACAAAAAAAAUUCUAUCGACACUUUACAGAGAUCAGUUCAAAUGAGCUAAUAAUUGAUUACUACAAUUGUGCCCUCGAUGGCGAUAUACUUCGUCAAGGACAUCUUUACAUAACAAAAAAUUACUUUGCUUUUUACAGUAAUUUAUUUGGUAACAUUACAAAAAUUUUACUACCAAUAACAUUAAUCAAAAAUAUAACAAAAGAAAAAAUAAUUAAAAUAUUUUCAAAUACAAUAACAAUUACUACCGAAAAUAAUGAUAAAUAUAUUUUUUGCUCAUUAUUGUCGAGAGAUUCGACAUUUAAAUUAAUGAUGCAAGUAUGGAACAAAAAAAAUGAAGAAAAAGCAAAUUUACUGAUUUUUAAAGAACCAGAAUUUUUGCAUCAUGAUGAUAAUAAUUUAGCAACUGAUAAUGAAAAAUUUGAUUCAUCCUUGAAUACUCAAAAUAAUGAUAAUAAUUUAUCAACAACUGCAAUUGUUUAUGCUGAUCUUGAUGGAUCAUCAUCAUCAUUAAAAAACUACAACUUAAAUUCUACUACAAACAUUAAUGAAAAUAUAGAAAAAUCAAGUACCACUGGAAUUUUUGAGUUUUUAAAAAAACAUAAAUUAAAAUCAACAACUUUAAUAACAAUAUUAAUUGCACUUUUAGUUGCACUAUAUAUUUCUGCAGCAUUUAUGAUGUUACGAAUAGAUAAACUUCACACAGUGUAUAUUAAUCAUCCAUUGAUGUCUCAAAAUAAAUUAACACAUGAUCAUUUAAUUGAUUAUCUCAACACAAAUCUUGAUCAAAUCGUCAAGGUAAGAGAAAGUUUGCAACUAUUGUCUGAUGAAUUUCUGUCAAUGAGUCAGAAGUUUAAUGAUGCAAGUCAGACGAGUGAUCAGACUGGAAAACCAAUUGAUUCAUCAAGCUAACACAGAAAAUUAAUUGACUU